AUGUCAGCGGUACCCAGCCUUCCCACUGAUGCGCCCGAGAUGCACGCGGCCGCCGUUAGCAACCCUGUCGCAGCGAAGACACCUUUCAAGCUCAACGAUGCACCUGUGGAGAACUUGCGGCGGCUCAAAGUCAUCGUCAUUGGUGCUGGCUAUUCGGGCAUCUACUGCGGCAUCCGCAUACCUGAGCGUUUGCGGAAUGUUGACUUGGUCAUCUACGAGAAGAAUGCUGGUGUCGGCGGGACUUGGUAUGAAAACAGAUAUCUGGGCUGCGCGUGUGACAUACCUUCACACUCGUACCAGUAUACUUUCCAACCAAACCCCUACUGGUCGUCACUGUAUGCGCCAGCGGCCGAGAUCCAGUCAUAUCUCCAAGACGUGGCGCAAAAGUAUUCCGCCGAUCGCUUCAUCAAACUCCGCCACCAGGUCGAAGCUUGCCACUGGAACGACAAGACUGCCAAGUGGACAGUUGCAGUCAAGAAUUUGGCAACGGGAGAGACGUUCCAGGACCAAGCAGAUGUGGUCAUCUCUGCAAGGGGAAAUCUAAACAACCCCUCAUGGCCUGAGAUAGAUGGCCUGAGCACUUUCAAAGGCGAAGUCAUGCACUCGGCAACCUGGAAUCAAGAUUACGACUUUGAGAAUAAGCGGGUAGGUGUCAUCGGCUCAGGCUCCUCCUCGAUCCAAAUUGUACCGUCGCUCCAGCGUAUGCCGGGUACCCAUGUCAGCACAUUUGUGCGGAGUAAGACGUGGAUUGCUGCGCCUUUCAGCCAGAGACUCUGGGACAAGUACGAGUUCCAGGGGUCGACCGUCCCUGCAGAGAUGCGUGAUCGCUUUGCCAACGAUCCCGAGUUCUACCACAAGUUCAGACUCUCAGUCGAAGAAGACGGAAACGCGAUCCAUGAUGUCACCAUCAAAGGAACUGCCCUUCAACUGGGGUCCAAAGACAUGUUCGAAAAAAACAUGAAAGAGCGACUCCAGAGCCGGCCGGACAUCUUCGAGACGCUCCUCCCUUCGUUCUCGCCGGGAUGCCGCCGCUUGACACCUGGACCGGGGUAUCUUGAGGCUUUGCUACAGCCCAAUGUUGACUUUGUCACAUCGCCCAUUAUUCGCAUCUCCGAAUCGGCCAUCCACACUGCCGAUGGCAAGACGUACGAGAUAGACGCCCUCGUCUGCGCAACCGGCUUCAAAACAUCUGCUCCGCCACCGUUCCCUUUGACUGGCAGCAAUGGGCUUGCGUUGACGGAAAAGUGGGAAGAGCGUGCAGUGAACUACCUGUCCCAUUCGGUCGCUGGGUUUCCCAACCUCUUCACCAUGCUCGGCCCCAACGGGGCGAUUGGGACCGGUAGCCUGACAAAUAUGAUAGAAACCGUGGGCGACUACAUCAUCAAAGCCAUCCGAAAGAUACAAAAAGAAAACAUUGCCUCGAUGGUGGUCAAAGAAGCGCGCGAAAAGGACUUUACCGAGUACGUAGACACGUAUUUUGAGAAUACAGUCUUUGCCGAAGACUGCAGAAGCUGGUACAAGCACAAGGGUACGGGCGCGAUUGUGGGUCUCUGGCCAGGAAGCACGCUGCACUGUGCUGAGGUGAUGCGCAGUCCGCGAUGGGAGGACUACGACUAUGUCUACCUGGACGAGCUGGAGAAUGAUGACGACGCCGAAAACAAGCUCAAUGGCGCGGGUAAGAGUGCGAAUAGGCUGGCUUGGCUGGGGAAUGGCUGGAGCAUUCUUCAGCAAGAGGAACGAGACCUGGCCUGGUACCUGUAUCCGGAGUUUCUGGACAAGCCUCUUGCGCCGCACCCGGAGAAGAAGGGCGAGUAUGCCAUUCGUCCAUUCUCGCAUUGAACAGGAUAGACGGCGUUGAUGGCU